AUGCGCCGCUUUGUAAAAAAAUAUGUGACGUCUUGUCUCGAGUGCGCACAUCACAAAGCGCCGGGAGGAAAACGUGAAGGAGAGUUACAUACCAUAAAUAAGGUCAGUAUUCCCUUCCACACAGUCCACGCAGAUCACUUAGGACCCUUUGUCAAAAGUAAGAAAGGGAAUAGCUAUUUGUUAGUUUUGAUUGAUGGCUUUACAAAAUAUAUUAAUAUUACUCCUGUUAAGAAUACAAAGUCCGUGACAAGCAUCCAAGUUAUUAAGAACCACAUAAGUUACUUUGGCUUACCCACGAGACUAAUCACCGAUAAGGGCACUAGUUUCACGAGUAAAAUUUUUCAGGAUUUUAUAAUGUCGUAUGGUAUCAAACACAUCACAAACGCCGUUGCUACUCCAAGGGCUAACGGUCAAGUAGAACGUUUUAAUAGGACGAUUUUAGAUGCUUUAUCGGCAUCUGGACAUGGUAAAGACGAUAAAUCUUGGGACAAUUAUAUACAGGAUAUUCAAGUCGGUAUAAAUACAACUAAGCAUAAAACUACACAAAAGUCCCCAUCCGAGUUACUUUUUGGAUUUAAUAUAACCAGUAGGUCAGAAGGCAUCCUAAGCCUUGUUAUUAAUGACACAUUAAACGGAACUCCAUUAGAAAAGUUAGACGAACUUAGGCAAGAUGCUAGUACAAAAAUUAAAGCACAACAAAUUCAAGAUGCAAAAAGAUUUAAUGAACGUAGAAAGCCCCCAACUAAGUACAAUGAAGGUGACUUAAUACGUUUAGAAAAGCAAGUUCCACACGACGGAAAAUCACAAAAACUUGUAGUUAAAUUUCAAGGCCCAUAUCGCAUAGUAAAAGUGCUGCCAAAUGACAGAUUUCUCGUUGAAGAUACGCCACUUACUCGUAAAAACAGUAGAAAAUAUGAAGCUAUAGUGUCGAUUGACAAAAUUCAUCCAUGGAUGAAUUUCAACAGAGAUUUUGAGUCUGAUUCAACCGAUAAUAAUACUGUUGACACCGAAUAG